UUGCGUACCGAUUUGGAGGCUCGUACAGCAGACAUAAAGGCCCUGAAAACACAAAUUUCUGAGGGCGCUGAAGAGGCCAACACGGUGGGGCUGAAGGCGGCUGCAGUGCAUCGUCAGUUGUGCAAGGGCUUUUCCGAAAUGUUGCGUUUGUACAUGCGCGUUGCCGACCUUGCCUCGCAGGCUAAGUUUACCCUGGACGCUGUAAAGGAGACAACCGAUGAAUCCACGGCCUCCGACCCCGCCAGUGACGGUGCCUCGGACCAACCGUUGGAGCCAGUCUCACUCGACGUUUUAACUCAACAAGUUGAAACACAAGACGCGCUUCUGCGGCACCUGCGAUGUCUUCUGCAGAUCUUCUCCGAGAAAAGCAUGAACUUAGCCAAUACUGUGAGUCUUCAUUGCAUCUACUGCCUUUCGCCUUCCAUACUGCCUUCGUAG